ACGCUCCUGCUUGCUUCCAUGAACAACGAUUACUUCUUAAGCGUGUCUCCAAUUGACCAUUGACUCUUUACGCGAUUUAUCUCAUCAUCAUCCCGAUUCUCUAAUUUCUCAUCAUCGAUUCGCACUUUCUCUCUAGAAAUGCUGAUGCUAGUUGAUUGCUCUGGUUGCCGCACGCCGUUGCAACUUCCCCCCGGAGCUAAAUCGAUUCGUUGCGCACUUUGUCAAGCCAUCACUCGGAUCGCCGACCCUCGCACUGGACCUCCUCCUCCGCCGAAUUAUUCUUCAACGAGCUUCAACAACUAUCAUUACGUUCCCCCUCAGGUCCCGCCUCCGCCGCCGCCGAUACAUACUCAGCCGUCCGGACAAAUUCCUUCGGCUCAUGGUCGGAAGAGGGCGGUGAUCUGCGGGAUUUCUUAUAGGAAUUCUCGCCAUGAGCUCAAGGGAUGUAUAAAUGAUGCUAAGUAUAUGAAAUAUAUGCUGAUCAACCGGUUCAAGUUUCCUGAAUCCUCUAUUCUUAUGCUUACAGAAGAAGAAACAGAUCCAUAUAGACUUCCCACAAAACAUAAUAUGAGAAUGGCAAUGUAUUGGCUUGUACAAGGUUGUCAGCCUGGAGAUUCUCUGUUGUUCCAUUUCUCUGGACAUGGUUCCCAACAGAGGAACUAUACUGGUGAUGAGAUUGAUGGGUUUGACGAAACACUAUGUCCAGUGGACUUUGAAACGCAGGGAAUGAUUAUAGAUGACGAAGUUAACGCAACAAUAGUCAGGCCUCUCCCCCGUGGGGUCAAGCUUCACGCCAUCAUUGAUGCUUGUCAUAGUGGCACGGUCUUGGACUUGCCAUUUCUUUGCAGGAUGGACAGGACUGGGAAAUAUGUGUGGGAGGAUCAUCGUCCUCCAUCUGGUACCUGGAAAGGAACCAAUGGUGGUGAGGUUAUCUCAUUCAGUGGCUGUGAUGAUCAUCAAACUUCUGCUGAUACAGCUGCUUUAUCCAAGGUAACCUCAACUGGCGCAAUGACAUUUUCUUUCAUACAAGCUAUUGAACGAGGAGAAGCAACUACUUACGGAAACAUGUUAACUGCCAUGAGGUCUACAAUCCGAAGCUCGGAUAAUGAUUUGGGAGGAGGCGUUGUUACUUCUCUUCUCAGUAUGCUUUUGACAGGAUCUACCAGCAGUGGACUGAGACAGGAGCCACAAUUAACAGCUAAUGAGCCGUUUGAUGUGUACUCGAAGCGUUUCUCCAUUUGAGUAAAACGAGAUUUGGUGUUGAUUUGUGGUCUCUCUAUUUGUAUAGUAUUUCAUUGGGAAUCAAAUUCCCUUCCAUGUUUUUUGUAUCAUAGAUUUAUCAUUGUUUUAUCAUAUUAUUAUUAUAAGAAUAUUGGACAUGGUGCUUCAUCCAAUCUCUACUCGUUAUAAU